AUGUCAACAAUCAACAGCCCAUCCAACCCGGUCGUACAAGUCGACGACGUCCAAUCGUGUCAUGGCAACGGGCAACGGCAAGGUAAUGGCGGAAGUCUGUCGGGAAGUGAAUCGCAUUCCUGGAUUCAAGAUAAACAAGAAACCCGAGGCCUCAAAACCCAGUUUGAGCUGCUGAUCAAGACGCAGUGUGAAGGCGAGGUAUCUUCGAUGCGCAAUUCCGGUACAAGCGAGGACUAUACCGGAAGAGAACUUCCGCUGACGGACAUCAAGGCCCGCAUUGACGACUUCGAAGAAACCGCAGCCGUCCGGAAGGACAAUGUCAAGCGCAAGGUCCAGAGCAUUGAGAACUUUUGGGCGUUGAUGCAGCGCAUGGCAAUGUGGCAUCUCGACGCCCAGGGCGACGAAAAGGAUUAA